GCUUCACAUUCAGAUCCAUCACUGUCUAUUGGAGAAUUGCUACAGUGAUAACUCAGGCCUGCCAAUCACUCAAUCAGUCCAGUCUUAACAGUCACAGAAAUAGAAAAAGAUUCACAGUGGUCGUCAGCGUGUUCUUUUGGUUCACCAUUGGAUCAUAUUUCUAUUCUUUCCGUGUUGGCGAUCUUUUGUGUGGACGAAAUGCGAUCAGCGCCCAACCAUUUUGUUUUGCUGCAACAACGGGAGGAUUCUUUUUCGGAACUGGUUUGGUCAUCGGAACUGCCUGGCACUUCACGCCCAUCUCGCUGCGUUCUUUCCUAGAAUGCUGCUUAUCUCUUGUGGGGACCAUGCCAAGUGGAUUUACCGCUUACGUUUUUGUGAAAGCCUUAGCCUACACAGAAAUAAUUCAAUCCCUGUGUCACAUUAGAGAACUGACGAUUAUUCCGCUGACAGCAGUCGAUUGUUUGCAGAACGAAACGAUUUAUUCGGCACAGCUCAUACGUAACAGUUCCGUUUUUCAACAACAUCAUAUGAAUCAGGUGAACACAGGUGUUGUCGAUAUCGCAGCCAAGUUCAACAACGUCAAUGGAACUCAACAUCAAUUUCGUGAGGCGAUUGAAAUUGGAUUCAAGUGGCUGCAGAGCAAAGGAUUUAGCUGUCAGCAAAGCUUUUCCAAACCUUUUGAAAUAUGUUUGAACGCUACAAAAGCAGCCAAAAAAGAUUGUCUCUUUAAAGGAGCGGACGCCCUUUGCGAUAUCGUAGACAUCUCGGAAGAAAUUUGUUUAAGGUUGAUGACAUUAAGCAGAGGACCUUGCCAAAAUCUGGGACAGGAGAAGAUCACUGAAAUGUUAAUGAGUCUUCGGGAGCGUCUGGGCAGUUUGGCGAGUGGAGCUAUUCGAAUGCGCGUGGGCAUAUUAUUUGAACUCCAUGCCACCUCUAAUGUCGAGAAUAAGUUAAACGGGACUUGGACUUCUAUUUUGAGAAGCCUUCGUAAUACUUCCGAAUUUAUUCGUAAGAUUUACGACAUAACUAUCGACUACGUUCUCAAGUUAACGGCUGCCGCGGGACUCUUAUUUUGGCCAUUUGGCUACCUUUGCUUUUACCUUUGGGGUCCACUCUCAUUCGAUAAUUUCUACAUAACACAAACUGAACAAAAAGAGAUUCAAGGAUCGGAAGAAAUGAAGGAAAAACAAGGGGAAGACUUGCAAGUGGUUCCCGUGUGGUUGCCAACCCCCAAAGAAACAGUGAAAAUGCUUUGGAAUUUAAUCUUUGCCACAGAUCAGCUAAUCAUUCUUGCCAUUCUUCUUGUUGACUUUUACUAUACCAAUUGGGUAAACGAUCUUCACGCUAGAUGGACGGAGCUCUUUCACAACUUCCAACAUAAUUUGUUUGUGAAUAUUCAACAGCCGAGUCAAACUACAGGAGUUGGAUUCAUCGGAGACACGAUCGCCCAACAGUUAGAAAAACUUCAAGAAGCGAUCGGUUUUUGUCGUUUAAUAUCCUGCAUUCGUCCACCACCUCCUAUUGCCUACUCUUACAACGUGUUCUUCAUAGCGCUGGGUCAGAGGGCUUUGUACAUUUUUGCGCAACCCCAAUUGCGUUUCCUUCCUUCCUUCAUUUGUGCAAGAUUUUAUCGGAGAAGACAUAAUUUGCGAAUGUCCUACAUCAAAGCAAAAAUCAUGCUUAGAUCUGCUGCCGAAGAACAUCACCCUGCUCGAAACAAUCUCGCGCCACGUUUCAAACGAAUGCUUUACAGUGGUGUUUUCAGAUUACGGGAUUACAUUCGUAAAAAACCUGAUGUUUGAAUAUUUUUUUAUGAAUAAGGUGUUCCAUUUUCAUUGGCAAUAAUAUUUUUUGUAUAAAAUUAUCACGACAAAUGAACUAAAUUAUGCAAUACAACGGAUGUUUUUGUU